UCACUUUACUUCGCUUUGAAAAAUAUUGACUAUUUUGUUGUUGUGUUGUGCGAGAUCGGCUUUGCAAAUUGAAGAAAGCUUUGCUAUUUCUUCUAGAAGUAGUCUCGUGAAAUAAUUACAAUAAGUCAACAAUUGUUCUGCCCUCGGAAACUGCAGUAAAAUUUUACAAUGUCAUCUUAUAAGCCAAUUGAUUCUAAACGCGAAGAGUUCAGAAGAUAUUUAGAAAGAGCCGGAGUUAUGGAUGCUCUUACUAAAGUGUUAGUCAGUUUAUAUGAAGAACCAGACAAGCCCGAGGAUGCCUUGGAAUAUAUGCGGAAACAUCUAGGCACUGAUGGCGGAGAGGACGAGUUGGAGGCUGCUAGAGCUCGUAUAGCCGAACUAGAAGCCGAAAACGCGCUUCUAAAAGGAGAUGCACCCCCAACAGAAGGCUAAUAAAUAUUAUCUUAUUUUAAUAAAACUGAUCUCGCAGAACCUGAUUGUACAAUGAUCUCAGAUGAAAAUAUUGUUGUUGAUCCUAAAGAAAUAUAACUUGUGUUAUAAGGAGAGUAUUUUUGUUAUGUUUAAGUUUUUUUUGAUGUGCAGGUUGCACAAUAAAAUUUUCAGUUUCUUUCUUAA